ACGUGUGAAUCUCUUUAUAAACUUUCAAUAAUAUGUAAUACAUUUGUUAUAACGAUACAUGUGAGAUAGUUUAUGAGGACAAACGGAACGCAUAAUAUCUUACCAUAUUUAAAAGAUCACCUAAUACUAUCUGAUAUAUGAGAUAUAUGAAAUAAAGGUUAUGGAAGGCAAUGAAGUUGCAAUGCAAGUAGAAGAACAAGUUGCAGAAACAGCAGAAGAAGUAGAAGAAGCUGAAGAAGCAGAGGAAGCAGAAGAUGCUCAUGAAAAUCUUUCUAAUGAUGACAAUGCUCAAAAUAAUGUUGAAAAACACAUAUAUGCUGGAAGUUCACAAGAAGUAGAUAAGAAGAAUGUGAAGUUAAACGAAUCAAAUAUUGAAGACUCUGAUCAGGCAUGUCCAAUUUGUAUGGAGCAGUGGACUAGCUCAGGAGAUCACCGUUUAUGUUGCUUACGAUGUGGACAUUUGUUUGGACACAGUUGUAUUUUGAAAUGGUUACAAUGUUGUGUAAGCGCAAAUCGACGUUGUCCGCAAUGCAAUAAGAAAGCUGUAGAAAGGCAUAUUAGAUUUUUAUACGCAAAAAAAAUUUCAUCAAAAGAUACUGGUGAAUUAGAAAAAAUAAAAAAUGACUUACAUAAUGUGACGGCCGAAAAGAAUAACAUACAAACAGAAUUAGCGCAAUAUAAAAUACGCGUGAAUAUAUACGAACAAAAAGUGGCUAGCAUGAAAAAUCGUAUUAUUGAACUGGAAAACCAACAAAUAGAAAUCAAUACUCAUAUGAACCAAAACGUUUCAAGCUUGUCUGCUAAGAAGUUUCAUAUGGAACGUUCUAUAGAUAUCUCCAAAGAUGGUGAAUGUCGUAUAUUAGAUUAUAAUCCAUGGUACAACAUUUUGGUUGUUUCUCAAAAAGCAACAAACAUCUUAUUCACUGGAUAUGGUGUAAGAAGAAUUGAUCCUACAAACUUACAAGCAAAGCAGUUUAUCUAUUUACAUAGUCAGGCUAUAAGAGAUAUAACGUUUCAUUCCAUGCAACCAUCACUUCUUCUAAGCGUUGGCUUUGAUAAAUGUGCAAAGUUAAUGGACAUUCAAAAUAACAUGGUACUACACACAUUCCAAACAGAAAGCCCACUGUGGAGUUGCUGUUGGUCAGGUGAUAACUCAAACCUUUUACUAGUUGGUGCUCAAAAUGGAUCCAUUACUCGGUUCGACAUUAGACAAAUUUCUAGUCCCGUUGAUACCUUGAGUGGUCAGAGUGAUAGAUCACCAGUUGUAUCUAUGGCAACAGUACAACCGAAUCCUGGCAGUGGUAUCGGUAGAGGCGGAUUUAUAGCGUGUCAGUUGAACACAUGUUAUGCGUAUGAAUCUAAGAAUUCUAAUUAUUUAUCUAAACAGGUAUUUUUAGAAGGUCCUUUUAUUUCGGUGUGUUAUGAUGAGAAAAGCAAACACGCCCUUAUAUCUUCCCGUCCUAAUGCCAGACAACCAUAUGCAAGACACGCAGUAUGUACCAUGGAAAGAGGUAGUGAAGAAGUGAUUAUGUGUAGUGUUAUACAUACAUUCAAUGCUGGCAAUUCUCAAAAGCUUUUGUCUCGACCAUGCCAUAUAUAUACGGAAAAUGAUACAUUAAUAGCAGCACAUCAAGAAGCAAGUAGUAAUAUAUCAAUAUGGAGCGUAACAAGUGGCAAACAGUUACAAAUACUUCCAGUAUCAGAUCCUGUUAUGGAUCUAUGUUCAUUUACAGUUCAUAAUGAUUUGUUGUUAGCAAGUCUUUCUUCAAAAAAGCUUAGGCUGUAUAAUUGUGGGCAAAUAACAUGCGCAUAAAUUAAAAAAAAAAAUGUACAAAAUAAUGUAGUAUUGUGACAAAAUGAA